AUGACCCUUCCACCUCUCCUUACUGGUCAAGUAUGCGCCAUCACGGGGGGUCUGACCGGAAUAGGAAGAGCCAUCGCCAUAUUAUUCCUAUCACACGGAGCUAAAGUUGCCAUCAAUUACCUCCCAUCCCACAACAAGGACGAGGAGAAACUGCUCUCGACACUGCGCACUGAAGCAUUUGACGCCAUCCAGUCCCGGUCCUCCAACUCUGUUUCGUCGUCCCUACAUAACCUCGACAGCGUCCCUUUAUUGACUGUGCCAGGCGACAUUUCCCAGCCUGAAGCCGGCCAAGACCUAGUGGCCCAAACAGUAUCUCGCUUCGGACGCCUGGAUACAUUCAUCUCGAACGCCGGAAUCUGUAAAUUCGAAGAAUUCCUCGAAAUCUCCCCGACUUCGUACCAACGACACAUCGACACGAAUCUAUCAGGUGCAUUCUACGCCGUACAAGCUGCCGCACAACAGAUGGUGCGCCAGCAAGAUCCACGGGGGGGCUCGAUAAUCGGGAUCUCCAGCAUUUCCGCACUCGUUGGUGGUGCGCAGCAAUGUCACUAUACGCCGACGAAAGCAGGUAUAUUGUCUCUAAUGCAAUCGACAGCUACGGCGCUGGGGAAAUAUCAUAUACGCUGCAACGCAUUGCUGCCGGGCACGAUACGCACGCAGUUGAACGAUGAGGACCUCGCUGACGGAACGGAGAAGAAGAAGUACAUGGAAGGACGGAUCCCGCUGGGCCGUCUGGGAAAGCCCGAAGAUAUGGCGGGCCCAGCGCUGUUUUUGGCCUGCGGAGAAUUGUCGGCGUAUGUCACGGGCACGGCCAUACUGGUUGACGGAGGAGCGUUUGUGAAUUUUCAGUAA